AUGAUUAAGAACAAGACGUUCAAGAGAACAACUACAGGGCCACUGAGGAAGCUGGUUUUAUCGUCAAACAAGUCACUGCGAAGAUCUUUCAACAGGGCAAGCAGUACCAAGGAUUUUAUCUCCUCGGAAUCGAAUAAAGUAAAAGAAUGGUGGGCAUCAAGCAGAUUUGAAAAUGUUGGUCGUCCGUAUUCGGCUACGGAUGUUGUAAAGCAUCGGGGCAGUCUGCCUGCAAAUACUUCAAUUUAUCCUUCAUCUUAUCAAGCUCGGAAGCUGUUUAACCUACUAGAAGAGAACUUCAAGGGCGGCACUCCACUUCACACGUUAGGAGUUAUCGAUCCCGUACAAAUGAGUCAGUUGGCCCGUUGCGAAAAUAUCAAAAUUGCUUAUAUAUCUGGUUGGGCUUGUUCUUCUACGUUGGUUGGAUCUACAAACGAGGUAUCACCAGAUUUUGGCGAUUAUCCAUACGAUACUGUCCCGAAUCAAGUGGAAAGAAUAUUCAAGGCGCAACAGUUACACGAUCGAAAGGCUUUCUUGGAGGCCUCUAUCAAAGGUUCUACUCCUGUUGAUUAUUUAAAGCCAAUUAUCGCUGACGCAGAUAUGGGUCAUGGUGGCCCAACGACUGUAAUGAAAGUUGCUAAAUUGUUUGCAGAGAAGGGGGCUGCCGGUAUCCACCUUGAAGACCAGAUGGUAGGAGGCAAACGGUGCGGUCAUCUUAGUGGAGCUGUUUUGGUUCCCACUGCAACACAUCUUAUGAGGUUAAUUUCCACCAGGUUUCAGUGGGAUAUCAUGGGUACAGAAAAUUUAGUUAUUGCAAGAACUGACUCCUGUAAUGGCAAGCUGUUGAGUUCGAGCAGUGACCCAAGAGAUCAUGAAUUUAUUAAAGGUAUAAUAAGAGGUAACGUGGUGCCUUGGAGUGAAAAACUGAUUGAGAUGGAGGAUAAAAAGAUUCCCAACUCCACCAUUGCUGAUACGGAACGAGAAUGGUACCACGAAAAUGAGCUGUUUACAUUUGAAGAGGCCCUAGCAAAACAGUUUACAGCAAGCGAGUUUGAAACCUAUAGAGAAAAGAAGGAAGAUCUUAUGGCGAACAAACUGGGCAGAGAAUACUUAAGCUUAAGGGAGAUGAAGCUUUUGGCUCAAGAAGUAGCACCACUUAAGAAAAUUAUGUUUGACUGGGAUGCUCCGAGGACCAAAGAAGGAUAUUACAUGUUUAACGGUUGUAUUGAAGCAGCUAUCAGAAGAUCUUUGGUAUUUGCCCCAUAUUCCGAUAUGAUUUGGCUGGAAACGAAAACUCCCGAUCUAGAGCAGGCACGCUUGUUCUCAAGUAAAAUUCAUAAACAACUCCCAGCUACUAAGUUAGUGUAUAACUUAUCUCCUAGUUUCAAUUGGAGCGCCCACGGGUUUGAUGAUAAAGCAUUAAAAUCUUUCAUAUGGGACUUGGCAAAGGAAGGUUUUACAUUACAAUUGGUCUCUCUUGCCGGUCUGCAUUCAGAUGGGGUAUCAUUCUGGGAGUUAGCCAAUAGCUUCCAACAUGACGGAAUGAAAGCAUACGUCGAAAAAGUGCAAAGGCGGGAAAAAGAGACUAAUUGCGAUAUCAUGACACACCAGCUCUGGUCUGGUGCAGAAUACGUUGACUCCUUAAUGAAAGUUGUCCAAAACGGUGCUUCAUCUCAAACUUUAAGCACCUCCGGUGAGAGCUUUACUGAAACGCAAUUUUGA